AUUACUGCUGUCCAACACAACGGAAGCCAAGAGAGGAGAGGGGGGUAUUGCUUCUCAAUGCUCGGGAGGAAAGGAUGCCAUCGGCUCUCCUCAACGGCAACACAGCUCAUCGAGCAGUUGGUCGGCCACUGGCUUAAGAGCCACCACCCGAUGGGUGCCUCCGAGUAGCAUAAGAAGAGAUUUGCAAACCCUUAACCAAAAUACAUCACAAUCUGUUGAAGAAAAACAAAAURCCAUUUUCCGUAGAUUCAGAGGUAUUCUUAAUAAGAUUACUCCCGAAAAGUUUAAAAAGUUGAGUAAAGAACUGUUGAUUGUUGGUCUCGACUCUCCAGCUAUACUUAAAGGCCUUAUUUUGCUAAUAUUUGACAAAGCAUUAGAAGAGCCGAAGUAUAGCUGUAUGUACGCUCAGUUAUGUCGCAUAAUCAGCGAAGAAGCCCCUAAUUUUGAAUCCAAUCGUGAAAUAAAUAGCGAAAAUAGACAUCUAAACAAUACAUUUUGUCGAUUAUUGUUAGCCAAGUGUAAGGACGAGUUUGAGAACAGACGUCGAGCCAGUGAGGCUUUUGACAAUAGAGAUGGACCUCUCACUCCACUCGAAGAGGAACAGCGCUCUGUUGCUAAACACAAGAUGUUGGGCAACAUUAAGUUCAUCUGCGAAUUGGGAAAACAGAACCUCUUGCAAGAAUCAAUUCUACACCUCUGUAUCAAACAGUUGUUGUCAAAGCAGACAAAGGAUCAGUCAAUACAAGAAAAGGCUGAAGACUUGGAAUGUUUGACACAAAUAAUGAAAACUGUUGGACGCCUUCUCGACAAUGAAAGGGCUGAGCUUUUGAUGAAACAAUAUUUUAAACGAAUGGAGUAUUAUUCUACACAUCCAGAACUCAGUUCAAGAAUUAGAUUUAUGUUACAAGACGUGCUCGAACUCAGACGCAAUAAUUGGGCUCCGCGUCGAGUUCAGCGGGAGGCCGGACCUAAAACUAUUGUUCAAAUUCGUGAAGAGGCUGCCAAAGAUUAUGGUGUAUAUAUGCCACCACAUCAGUACACCUUUGGUCCUCUUAGACCCGGUAUUCAGUCAAAGGGAGGACAUGUAGAUGUCAUAAUGCCUUAUGGCUUGCACUUAGGCACAGGUCCAGGUGCUAUAAACGAUGUCUAUAAUCAUAAUCCACAAAUUAUGGGAAGAAGAAACCCUACAACUAAUUUAGUUUAUAAUAAUUAUACCGGAUAUCAGAAAAUUCAAAAUAACAAAAGGGAUAUUAAUAAUACUCGUCAACAGCAACAACAACAUCAACAACAACAGCAGCAGCAACAACAACAACAUCAGAUACAGCAAAUGGCUAAUAAUUCAAUUGUCAAUACUACUGGAAAUAGAGAGUUACCGCCGAGGUUUCAAAAGCUACAUCAAAAUCAACAACCAAUAGUUGGUACUAACACUAACAAUGCUAAUAAUACAAAUCAAUUACAACCACAAGUAUUAGCCGUACCGAUGAAACCUUUAAAUCAAUCAACUUAUGGCUUUGAUUCCGGUGGUAUAUCUUUACGACCGGCCAUUAACUCUAUUGUCUCGAAACCAAAUAUACCAAUGACUAAGCAAUUGAUAACUAACUCUAAUUUAAACAAUGAAAAUAAUAACAUAAAUGUCAAAUCUUUAGAGCCGAACAGUGAUUUAAACAAAACUAUUGACAAUAACAUUAAUGAAACUAAAACCAAUAACAUUAUCACCAAUAAAAGCAACAAAGAGGUGAUUCUUAAGAAAACAGAAGAGACUCUUAAAGAGUUUUUGACGCAAAAUGAUAAUAUCGACGAAAUUGUUAUGAAAUUCAAAGAAAUGAAAAUUCCUAAAAAUUUUCAGUUAGACGUAUUGGUAACGAUUUUUAAGAAAUCUUUAGAGGCCUCUGAAAGUGAAAGAGAGACGUCUAAUAAAUUGUUAAAUCAUUUGAAAGAUGAAGAUGUUAUCGGAACUAAUAUUUUUAUGAAUGCUUUUAAGGAUUUGAUUAAUCAAAUGGAAGAUAUGGAAACAUAUAUACCUCGUGUUAAGUCACAUGUGGCUGCCAUCAUCUCCAGCGCUAUAGUCGAUGAUAUAAUCAGUUUGAAAGAGGCCAGUGAGCCAUUAGAAGGCGGACAACAUUUUCCACUAUUUUUGUUAUGUUUACAGCAUUUGAAUAAAACUAAAGGACAAGUUUGGCUUUUCGAGAAGUUUACAGAAAGUAAAAUAGAUUUAAUUGAAUUGUUGCCCGAAAACGAUCGAAAUAAAGAACGAAUGGCCGCCAUCUUAGAAGACCGAGCACUCGGAUUCUUAUAUCCAAUGCUACGAAUUGAAUCGGAUUUAUUGAAACAACUAAAUCAAAGUGACUGCACUCCUACUUCAUUAUAUCGAUGGCUUAAAGAUAAUGUCGAUCAGUCUUUACAAAAUAACAGCGAAUUUAUAAGAGUUUUGUUCACUUGUUUGCUUAAAUACAUUAUCAAUGAGGCAUCAAAACAGUCGAUUUCAGAAUCAGAUAAUCAAACACAAACUCAAACUAAUACAACAAAUAUUGCUGACAAUGAAAAACAAUUAUUGAAUAGAUAUGAACACGUAUUGAAAGCAUUUUUGCAUGAAAAGCAUUCAUUGCAACUCUUGGUUUUGUAUGUAUUGCAAAGUUAUUGGUUUAAUAAUUUACACAAUUUAUCAAAAGGAAUGAUAUUGCGUUGGUUUUUAAUGCUUUACGAUCUGGAAAUAGUCGAAGAAGAAGUGUUUAUUAAAUGGAAAGAAGAUAUUAAUGAUGAAUAUAAUGGAAAAGGAAACGCAUUAUUUCAAGUGAAUCAAUGGCUGACGUGGUUGGAGGAGGCAGAAGAAGAAGACGAAGAUGAAGAUGACGACAGCGAACACAUUCUUAAUUAAAUCAAUUCUUUAAUAUUGUUAACCACUAUAUCUAAUGAUUGCAUUAUUGAAUACUUGUUUAGUACUCAAUGUUUCUUUUAAAUAGAAAUCUACUCAAAGCUUAUAAUGAUUUAUUUACAAACACUUGUCUCUUCUUUUUUAUACAAUUUUUGCCAAAUGGAUAGUAGUUAUUAAAUAAAUGAAUUUUUAUUUAUAUUUCCAUAAAUAUUCUAUUAUUUAAGAAUAAUGUCUUAAAAUUGAUAGUU